AAAAAAGUCGUUCGCCCCGGAGCCAGCGGCUCCGAUGUUGCCGGCAAUAAAGACGAGUGAAGCUGCAUCACCAGAGGACCUCGCCAAGGACUCUCUGGGCAUUGUGCAACGCUCCGAAGAAACACCCCACGAAUUUUCCUCCUCACGACUUCGCGGAAGCGCUAGAAAAAGGGCACGCGAAACCGCAACGACCAGCGUUGGGCUGGAGGUCGUCGUGACGAUUUUGACGCACGUAUUUGUGAAACCCACUGAGUGUCGCCUGCCGGAGCUGUUGGAAAGCGUGGUUCGUGCCCCCGGUGUGGACGACAGCCGCUUUCGCAUUGUGAUCAGCUACGAUGCGACCCAGUCUGUUGCGCACCUGAAAAAAUACUUGCGGGAAAAGUACCUCAGUGCGAAUUCCCGCCAGCGGCGUCUCGUUUUUCACAGUCCCCGCCAGAAACCCGCGGUGGGGCAGGACGAAGUUAUCGACUUCAGUACGACUUUUGCUUUUGAGCAACCUCCAACUGCCGCCACGGCACGGGAGGAGGAAAAAGCGACCGCCGCAGAUCUACUGGAGCCGAAUCUGUUUAACUGUGCGGGCCACGAUUGGGGGCGUCCGGUGCUAUCAGGUGUCAACAAAAACACGGACUUUUUCCGGGUCUACGAUCCGAUUCAGCGCCACUACCACUGCGCGUUGCGCAAAGCGUUUACCGUGGCGCCCUGGGGUGUCUUUCUCGAGGACGACCUCAGCAUCGGGCCCGAUUUGUUUCACUUUUUCCGCGGUAUGGAGGUUUUGAUUGACAACUACCAGCACACGAACGUCUGGUGCGCUUCCGGGUGGAACGACAACGGAUUCAAAAACAGUGCGCGCGACCCGCGCCGCAUCUGGCGGACGGAUUUCUUUCCUGGUCUCGGCUGGAUGAGCCACCGGAAAAUCAUCAUGGAGAAGGUGCUGUCACAGUGGCAGCACUAUCCUUCGACAGGCUGGGACCACUGGAUACGUUUGCUUCCCCUCGGCGACUGCGUGUAUCCGGAAGUACCGCGGACCCAUCACGUCGGCAAUGCGAAGGGGAGCACGGUGACGCGCGCGGAGCACAAAAAGCGACUCGCAGAUAUGGCACUGAUGCCGCAGCACCUGACUGUGCGCUUCGAUCUCGCGGUUCCCGACGCUGCGCAAAAAAUCCUGCGUGCACAGUGGUCACCCAUCACGGUUCUGUCUCGCAACCCCGGAGGACGUGCAGCUGGCCCAGCUCAAGAAAUGAAAGUGAACAGUGAAAAAGAUGAGGGCGCAGCGCUGCAAGAUGAACUCCGGCAACGCACCUUCUUCCCGCCGAGUAUCGAAUUGUUGAGCCAAGGAACUACAGAUUUGACGUCGGCGGCACAGGAUCGGUAUGACUACAGAUAUUUGGUCACCCCAAAGGGGUACGAAUUGUGGGAGAAGCAGCUUCUGCAGACUGCUGCGGUGGUCGAUUCGCCGAAUGCGUUGAUGAGUGCGAACGGCAUCAACGAACACGUGCCCCAGAGCCCGAACGUGGAGAUGGACUGGGUACGAAUUCAGAACAAGCUGGAUUCCGAACGGCCGAGAUCUACUGCCAUAGCCUCGCAGGACGAGCCAGAAAAGCUUCUGGUGCUAUAUGGCUUGCUCAGAUGUUACAAUCUCAAACGUUACAAUAGAGUCUGGAAUUUGUCUUGCAUGAACAGCAUGAGUAUCAUACAGAGACUUGGGCUUUUCGCAAUACAAAUUUCGUCAGAAUCUCAUGGGGUUUGGGGCUCCGAAACUUGUCAUGCGCGCUCCUAUGGGAGUAGGCCAGAUGUUGCGGAUUUUGCAACACAAGUUCCAAAUUCUAUUGUAACGUUUGAAAUUGUAACACCUGAGCGGGUUAUAUGCUAGCCUACCGUCGCGAGGAGUACCCCGAAGUGCGGAAGGCGCUUCUUUUGUACAAGGACCACGUGUAUCAAAUGCAAAAAUGUCUGGGUCUGGAAGAUUCCGAGAUUUGCCAAGUCUGCAAUGCAGGGCCGAGCAUCACAGCUUCUGCAGCCCCUUGUUGAUGCCUAUUCUGCAUGAGAAAUGCUCUCUCAGCAUGGCCAGAGAUGGACAGCUUUUGCAAGCCAUGCAACACAGAUUUUUGUAAGAUGCGCAACGCGCAUCACAAGUUCACAUCCUUCCAGAGCCAGACACUUUUGCAAUCCAUAACGUGCGAGGGGCUAGGCAGGGCGUUUUGUGGGUGCGCGCGCACUGGCGGGCGGAAAAGACCAUAGUGGUCCUGGUCGAGCGACGGUCGAGUGGUGCUGUGCGUUUGCUGCCACCAGAGAAGCAGAUGCUAUUCGAUCCCAAAAUCCACGAAUUUCGGGCCGCCCCCCGUGUGCAGACGUCCUGCUACACGGUAUGCAAUGCGUAUCAGGAGCGCUGUGUCGAGCAAGACCUGCACCUCGCAAACCGGUGCGAUGUCCUUCAGCAGCACUUCCCCUGUGAAAUGGGCUGCGGAAAUCAGGAGGGCCGGGAAUUGCCUGCUUAUGUUCCUGCGAACCCGUCCGCUCUGACGACGAAGCAAUGUCUCGUCGGUUGGGCCCCGUUGGUACCACGAUGUGAAGCGCAGCAUGCAGCCACGCGUCGGCUCUGUGUAUGUCGAAAGUCAUGACUCAUUCGAUCAUUUUUGUGAAGAGAUGGCGCGCUACAUUUAGUAGUGCAACUUCCACGUUCAUCUCCCACGCACACAUCUUCAACGCAGGAACUAAGUUUUAACAUGGUCAUCAUACGAGCUUUCGGUCUCAUGGAAAUUUGCAUCAGCAUAUCACGAU